AACUAAAUAAAUAAAUAAGCUCUCUAGACGCUAGAUGGCGCAAACGCACUCGACACGUUGAAGAAGAAGAAACGAAGAAGAAGGCGGAGUCACGUGAUCCCCUGUGCACUUACUUCCGGCGUGUGUGUUGUAUAAGUGUAGUGAAGCCAUGUAGAAGAGCAGGCUGUGUAAAUGAGUGUGUGUGUGAGUGUGUGUGAGUGUGUUACUCCUCUCCUGAGUUCUCUCUCUCGCUCUCUCUGUGUGUGUAAGUUUAUGUGGUUUAAAGUUGAGAUUAAUUUAGAGAUUUAAACAUGUCGGUGCGGCAGGGCAGAGAGAGCCUGAAUACCGGGGCAAAUCAUCAUCAUCAUCACCACCAUCACCUUCCUCUCCAUCCUCACCUCCAUCCUCUUCCUCCUCCUCCUCCUCCUCAUCUUCAUGUCCGGAAAGAGGAGGGUUUGUGUAGAGAUGGUUUGGGUUACGGUGUAGAGCAGGACAGUGAGGAAGAGGAGGACAUUUUAGCUGCACAGGACAGCGACCAGCCCAGAAUCCUGCUGAUGGGGCUCAGGCGCAGCGGCAAGUCCUCCAUACAGAAGGUGGUCUUCCACAAGAUGUCCCCGAGCGAGACGCUGUUCCUGGAGAGCACUAAUAAGAUCUUCAAAGACGACAUCAGCAGCAGCUCCUUUGUUCAUUUCCAGAUCUGGGAUUUCCCGGGGCAGGUGGACUUCUUCGACCCCACGUUUGAUUACGAGAUGAUUUUCAGGGGCACCGGAGCGCUCAUCUUCGUCAUCGAUGCACAGGACGAUUACAUGGAGGCUCUGGGAAGGCUACACCUCACCGUGUCCCGCGCCUUCCGAGUCAACCCCAACAUCAACUUCGAGGUGUUCGUGCACAAGGUGGACGGCCUUUCAGACGACCACAAGAUCGAGACGCAGAGAGACAUCCACCAGAGAGCUAACGACGACCUGGCGGACGCCAGCCUCGACAAGCUGCACCUCAGCUUUUACUUGACCAGCAUCUAUGACCACUCGAUAUUUGAGGCGUUCAGUAAAGUGGUGCAGAAGCUCAUCCCUCAGCUGCCCACGCUGGAGAACCUCCUCAACAUCUUCAUAUCGAACUCGGGGAUUGAGAAGGCGUUCCUGUUUGAUGUUCUCAGUAAGAUCUACGUGGCCACAGACAGCUCUCCUGUGGACAUGCAGUCGUACGAGCUGUGCUGCGACAUGAUCGACGUGGUCCUCGACGUCUCCUGCAUUUAUGGGCUGAAGGAGGACGGCAGUGGCACUGCAUAUGAUGAAGACUCUUUGGCCAUCAUUAAGCUGAACAACACCACUGUGCUCUACCUGAAGGAGGUCACCAAGUUCCUGGCGCUGGUGUGUAUCCUGAGAGAGGAGAGCUUUGAGAAGAAAGGUCUGAUAGACUACAAUUUCCACUGUCUGAGGAAGGCUAUACACGAGGUGUUCGAGGUGACGGUGGUCCGGAGGAACUGCUUAGAAGAUCUGCUCGGUGACUCUAGCAGCAGCAGCAGCAGCGCGGUUAAAGCGCCGGUGCUUAACGGCACCCCUAGAGGCCUGGUGUGACAUUACAGGGGGUGGGGUUGUCAUCAUAAG